CGUUAACCUCUCACCAUCUUUGCUAUAUUUAGGCAUUGAUAUAUUUGCAAUGAAUGGACUUGGCUAUCAGCCUCUCAAUGGCAUCUCCUCCCUCCCCCUUUCUUGUCUUUUCACCUCCCACUUGUCUCUUUUCUCGUGGUAUGGUCGUCAUGUAUAGUGGAAAAGAUUAAUGCCAAGAGAUUGGGUUGGGUUCUGGAGGAGGAAGAGGCAGAGAAGGCAGGAUGCUGCAGCGGGCGGCGAGCAAUGCGUACUCAUGGUGGUGGGCGAGCCACAUCCGCACGAAGCAGUCCAAAUGGCUCGACAAUCACCUCCAAGAUAUGGAGCACAGGGUCAAGUGCAUGCUCUUACUCCUUGGAGAGGAAGCCGAUUCCUUUUCAAAGAGAGCAGAGAUGUACUACAAGAGGCGGCCUGAGGUGAUCACUCAGGUGGAAGAAGUGUACCGGAUGUACAGGGGUCUCGCCGACCGGUAUGACAUCAUGUCAGGGGAGCUGCACAAGGCAAACCACACCAUCGCAACCGCCUUCCCUGACCAGGUUCAGUAUGCAAUGCUAGAAGAGGAGGAUGACAAUGUCCCAAAGGCAUUCACCCCGGUCGAUCCGCGCAAGAUCCACAAGUCGACAGUGGAUGGGUUGCUGAAGAAGAAGAAAGGAGAAGCGCCAGGGCCCGGCGGGGCAAUGACGGAUCCAGCUCCGAUGAACAAGGAGAAUGCACGAGAAGAAAUCAGCAGGCUACAGAAAGCUAUACUUGUGAUGCAGACCGAGAAAGAGUUCAUCAAGAACUCGUAUGAGAGUGGCAUUGCCAAGUACUGGGAUCUUGAGAAGGAAAUCAAUGAGAUGCAAGAAAAAGCUUGCCACUUCCAGGACAAGUUUGACGUAAGCGCUGUGAUCGAGGACGAUGAAGCCAGAGCCUUGAUGACAGCGACGGCCCUCAAAUCCUGUGAAGACACCAUUGUCAGAUUGCAAGAACAGCGCAAGACCGCUGCUAGGCAGGCAUUGGACGAGUCUGAACGAGUCAAAGUGCUGAGGGAGAAGCUCAAGCCUAUACUGGACGAACAUGGCAAGUCUCUACCGGACCUGGCGGAGAAAAACAUACGGAAGAAUCAUGUCACGGAGAUGGGAGACGUGUACCAUGUGAAGCUGGGUGAGCUGCAGAUGCAGACAAUAGUCGACAAGAUCAAGGAAAACUUCACGAGCGACUGCAACAUCUCCAUGGACGAGAUCACGGAGCAGAUGGACGAGCUUGUCAACAAAGUUGUCGAUUUGGAGCUUAUGGUUUCGUCGCAGACCUCGCAGAUCGAAAGAAUGCACCGCGAAAAUGAGGAGCUGGAGAAUUCCGUCAAGAACCUGGAGGAAGAGAAAGGCUCGAGUGAAGUGGAAGAGAAGCUGAAGCAGGUGGAAGAGGAGCUGGUCAGAGUGCAGGCUCUCGAAAGCUCCUUCCAUAAAGACGAGAGCACGAUACGUUCAAACUUCACCGAAACGAUAAGCAGAUUCAGUAAUUUCGCCGACAUGUUGCAGUCGCCGGUUUGCGACUACCAGGCUGCUCACACGUCGGCGCUAGCCGGCGAGGAAGAACCGCCUCCUGCCGAGACAUCCAGCCCGCCUCCUGCCGAGCCAUCCAGCGAGGAAGAACCGCCUCCUGCCGAGCCAUCCAGCGAGGAAGAACCGCCUCCUGCCGAGCCAUCCAGCGAGGAAGAACCGCCUCCUGCCGAGCCAUCCAGCGAGAGCCAUCCACCUCCACCUAAGGAAGAAGAACACAAACAACAGGUAGAAGAAGAGAAGGCUACCGUGGUGCAGACUCCUCAACCCCAAGAAGCCAGCACUGGAGAUGAUGAUGCUGCUGCUGCUGCACCCGUUGAUGUGGCGAAAACAGGGGCGGCAGCGAGCACUACUGAUGCGUCUGUUGUAGAUGGCACUAAAAAUUCAGAUCAUGGGCAUGACAAGAUUUCCCGGCCGUGUUCGCUGGCACGGCUUCGCCACAUCUCCUCUAACGUCGGAGAAUCUGACGAGCAAAACGAGAAGGGCGAGAAGGGUUGUGCCGACGGCGACAUGAAGAAACUGCAGGAGCGGCUCAUGGACGGGCUGGAAGACAAGGAGAAGGUCCUGCUAUCCGAGUACACGUCGCUCCUGGAGGAUUACAAGGACACCAAGAGGAAGCUAUUGGAUGUGGAGAAGAAGAACCAGGAGUGCCUCAAUGAGAUCAGGUCGCUGCGCGAUCUCAUCGGAGAGAAGGAGAAAGAGAAGGAGAGGGAGAGGGAGAGGGGCAGCAUCAGAGGAGGACACAGGAGGACACCCAGCCUGAGCCAUCAGAGGAAGCAGAGCCUUUCUUCCAUCUCUAAGCUCAUCAGGAUGGGCUCAAGCAUGCAAGACGACCCUCCUGCUGCUGACCUUGACGACAUGAGGCUGCCGGCGAUCGCCGAGGUGGAGAACCCAUCGCCACUGGAGGAGAAGUUCAGGCGCGACAUCGACACGCUGCUGGAGGAGAACCUCGAGUUCUGGAUGAAGUUCAGCUCCUCCAUGGGCCGGGUGCAGGAGUUCCAGAACAAGUACGACGACCUCAGGAGGGUGGCGGCAGAUGGCGCCGACGGCGAGAAGAAGCUCCGGGCGCUCAAGACGGAGCUGCAGGUGUGGUCGGAGCAGAACGCGAUGCUACGGGGCGAGCUGCAGUGCAGGUUCACGUCGCUGUGCGACAUCCAGGAGGAGAUCUCGACGGCGCUGGAGAUGGACACGGAGCAGGCAGAGCAGACCGAGGAGGGCGCGCCGCGCUUCACCUCCUACAGUGCCGGCAAGUUCCAGGGGGAGGUGCUCAACAUGCAGCAGGAGAACAACCGGGUCUCGGACGAGCUGCAGAGCGGCCUGGACCACGUCAAGACCAUCCAGUUCGCAAUCGAGAAGAAGCUCAACGAGGGCGUCAACCUCUCCUCCUCCGCCUCGCCGGCAGAGGAGGGGGUGGAGGAGGGGCCGGACGGGGUGCUGGCGCGGGUGCCGACCAAGGCCAAGGUGCCGCUGCAGAGCUUCCUGUUCCCGGCCAAGCAAAAGAAGCCGUCGCUGUUCGCUCGCGUCACGCCGGCCGUGCUCCACAAGCAGCAGGUAGACAUGAAGUUAGACAUGAAGUUAGACAUGAGGUUCCUCCCCAAGUUGCCAAGGUAGCCACCCACACAAGCAGCAGCAGCAGCAGGGAUAUGUUAUGUCAUUUAGCUUACUUUAACUAACUAGCAGAUGCGAUACAUUUUCUUUAAUGAAAUUAAUGCUUCAAUGAUUGAACCAAACUAUUCGUGUUUUGUUUUCUAGGGCAUUGUAAUUUGUUGUAACCUCUGAGAUCAAUGGAAGAAAGACAAAUCAUUUUCCCCUUUUCA